AUGGAUUACUCUAAAGAGAAUUCUAGAAUAAAAGCAUUACCAUUCAAAUUUGAAAAAGCUGGGAGGAAAACUUAGGUUAAACAACUCAUUCUAAUUGUCCAUAGAAAUCUAAUAAUAGUCGUAUAUUAUUAUGACAAUGCCUACACAACUAGAACUAUUGAUUUCUUAGAUUUCAACUCCUUACAAGUUAUAAAAACUAUUGAUAUGGUAAAAGUUUCAAGAGACACUUAAUUAUUUUACAGGCCUUUCAAUGAGGUAGAUUACAUAUUUUAUCAAAAUGGGUAAACCAUGUAAUUUGCGAAACUUGAUGAUUACAUCGAUUCACAGACAGACAUACAUUUAAUGGAAUUCAAGUAUGAUAAUAGUGUCAAUUUCCAUAAUGUUGACAUCAUCGAUGAAUUCACGAUUAUGAUUUCGUCUGAAUACUACACAUAAUUAUUUAAACUUGAUAAGCCAUUAGAAGAAUUUAAUAAAGAUAAUAAGGCUGAGUUUAAUAUUAAAUUUUUAGGUCAAUAAGAAUAUGGUAAUUUGAAGAAAAACUAAAUUAAUUAAUUGCUUGUAAAAAAUGAAAAUGAAAGUUUUUAUUAACUAAGAAGGAAUGAGGAUUAUAAUGUUUAGUGUUACUUUCUUAAAAAUCAAAUAAUUUUCCACAAAAAUGAAUCAUAAAAAACUCUCUUUGUUGACAAGAAUACAAUGAUAAUCUCAUAUUAAAUCGAUAAAAAAUACUAUGGAUUUAAGCAUUUAGAAUUGUACGAAUACGUUUUGGACUCAGAUUUCAAUAUUUAUGAAAAUAACAAUAAAGAUGGAAUCACUCUAAAAAAAAUUCAAUAACUCCAUGAUUCUAGAAUUGACAAUAUUCAUAAAAUAGUAACAACACCAACUAGAUUUAUAGUGCUCUCAGAAAAUUAAACUUCAAAUUACACUCUUCAUGUCUUUGAUUCUUUGACCUUCUAACUCAUAAAUUACCUUUCAAAGUUUGCCAGUUCAACCCUGGAUUUUUAUGAUAUAGAAACGAUUAAUUAAAGGUUUUAUUUUAAAAAUGCUUAAUUUUAAGAUUAGAUUGUGUUUUUUGAUUUCAGCACAAACAUCCGACAAAAUUAUGAUCUUUUACCAGUUUUAGAUCAAGGAUACUAUGAAAAUAUCUUUUAAUUUUGCAUAAUGAAGAAUCAAUAUCAUGAGAAACAAUACAUCUUUGAUCUAAUAUAAAAAAACAAAAUCAUUUAUUUUGAUAAAUUAAACUAAAGUUUUAAGGAAAUUGAUUUGAUUGAAAAUGUGAUAUUUUAAUAGUAGCAAAAGAUUCCUAUAGAUGCAAUUAUAAAUGAAGAACUAAGAUAUUUAGUAGUAAAAUCUCUAAGUUAAGUGACUGUAUUCAAUCUUGAAGAAAAAUCAGUAAUUAAAGAAAUUUCAGGUGAUUUUGCUAACAAUUCUUCCUAAGGCACAAAUAUAUCAUUCAUCAAGAACAGAAUUAUUGUAAAAACAAUUCAACUUUAAUUAAUGUAUCCAUUACAAAAUAUAGAAACUGUUUCAUCUUAAUAAAAAGAAUUCAAUGAAGACUCAUUUUAUCUGUUUAAAAGAAUUGAUCAAGGUCAAAAUCCUGAUAUUUAUAAUAUGAGAGUAUGCUCAUUCGAAAAUAUGUUCAAUCAGGAUUUACUAGUUUAACCUGUCUACCCAUCAUUUUAUUUUGACUAUGCUAACAAAAUAACCAUAAAUUCAAGUUAGAUUUAGAUUUUUAUAAAAGGAGAAAAACAAAUGGUUGGAUUUUUCUAAACAGAUAUAAAUGAUUAACUAAUAAAAUAUUAUAGAGAGAUGGCUAAUCAUACUAAUGAAGAAAUUAUCAAAGAUAUAACAUCUAAUGUUGAUAAGUACAUCAAAUUUGUUGCUGGUUAUGGGACAGGAUUCGGAGUAUUCUAGAAUAAUUUGGCUGCUCUGGAAAUGAUAGUCAAAUAGCUAUCAUUCAAAGAGAAGUAAUCAAUACCAAUAUUGAUUUGUUAAAAAAUGCUAGGAGGGGAGAGUGCUCUUGAUUUUUCUAUUAAAAAUCAGCAACAAAAGAUAAUCAAUAUCAUUCUUUCAAUGAUUAUUAAAUACCAAGAUCAUAUCAUGUUUAACAAGCUGGUUGAUAAAAAUCUAUGUGAACUCAUCAAACAAUAAAUAGACUUACAAGAAUAUUUCUAAAGUAAUUUAUCAAGCUAUGAAAUACUUUAAAAAUCUUUUCCAAGUCAACAUCAUGAUGAGCAAGAAUUGAUAGAAGGGAUUAACCUAGAAAAUCCCAAAGAUGUCCAUGAUAAGUACGAUGAAUUAUUCGGGGGCAAAUUGGAGGACCUUAAUGAAGGAAAUGAAACUUUAGUAUCUAUUGAAUAUCAUCUGAUCAACUUGCCUUAGACAUUGAGAAAUAAUCCAUAGUAACUAAUGCAAGUAUUAAGUGAAACAGAAAGACCUGAAUAUUUUGAAAACCAGGUUAUCCAAGCGAUUAUCAAAUUCAAAUGGAACAAAUAUACAAAAUCAUUUUAUCAAAACAGAUUCUACAUUUACUUGAUUUUUAUGGCCUCAUUUAUCUUCGAUAUAUUCUAUUCAGUUUAUGCUACAUAAAAUGAUCAGGAAAAAUCUGAGUAAAAAAGUAGUGCAGACUUAGAUACUGAAAUUCUUCAACCGAAUAUUUGGAUUAAGAUUUCAUCUAAGAUUAUAUGCAGUUUAGUGCUACUAUUCUUCUUAAUUUAUGAAUUAAAGCAAAUCAGCGUUCAAAAAGGAAGCUAUUUUAGUGAUGGCUGGAAUUACUUUGACUUUUCCCAUAUCAUAGCUUAUACAACAUUUUGCAUUUUAGAUUUUACAAAUGAAGACAAAAUAAACCUAAUCUUGAUAAAAAUACUGGUAAUUGUUCUAACUUUCAUGAAGCUGUUUUUUUUCUUGAGAAUUUAUGAUGGAUUCAGCUUCUUGGUUUCAAUGAUGGCUGGUGUUUUUAAGGAUCUCAAGUACUUUUUAAUUUUCUUCAUAAUCUUCAUCUUGCAGUUUGGCAUGAUAUUCUUAGUCCUUUUUAAGGCUUAAUAAAUAGAUGAAUACAAUGGAGUAAAUAAAUUGGCUUACUUUUUAAUGGCCUUCAGAAUAUCAUCUGGAGACUUCCAGUUAGAUGAUUUCCAUACUUAAGAAGAUUUGUUGGUGGUCUUUACCUGGAUUAUUUGGCUGAUAGCAGUCAUGACUUUGAAUAUCGUUUUCAUGAAUUUCAUCAUUGCUGUGAUUUCGGAGUCCUAUGAGAGAGUGAUGCAAAAAUUGGUGGCAGAGUCAUACAGAGUUAAAGCUCAUAUGAUUGUUGAGCGAGAACAACUAUUCAGCAAUUAAGACUUGUAAAGCUAGAAAUAUUUCCCAAAUUUCAUUGUUGCCAGAAGACCAUUAAACACUGAAUCAAACGAAUCUGGGGAAUGGCAAGGAUUCAUCAAAGAUAUCAAGUACACUAUAAGGACAACAGCUGCUAAGUCUAAAGCUGAAAUACUCCAAAAUCUUAAUUCACUACAAACAUAGAAUAAAGAAAAUGGCCAGAAACUUGAGAAAAUUGAUGAAGCAUUCGAAUAAAACUCUAAAAUUCUUAAGAUUAAUGAAAAUUUAGAGGAGUAGAUUUCAAAGGUGAUUAAAUUGUAACUUGAUCAGUCUUAGGAGAAUAGCAAAAAUGAAUUCACUCAAUUAAAGGCUGAUAUAGAUAAUAAAGUGUCUGAACUUGAUACUAAAGUCCUAAAAAUCUAGGAUGAUAUGGAGUUUAUCAAAAGCUCUUUAACUCAACUUCUUCAAAAGUAAAAUUCGUGA